UUGAGGAAUAAUUACAAAAGCUAAUAGCCAGCAAAUGAAUACGCUCGCAUAAACACUAAGCCUAUUUUCUCUGCUUUUGCAUCAUCGAGUCCAGCAUCCCUCUCUUCAGUCUGCCUGACUCUGAACGCAUGUGAAGCUGACAGCUCUCUCUGCAGAGGCAAGGGCUGUUGCAGGACCAAGCACCAGUUGCAGACUGCCGUUGGCUUCAGAACGCCCCGGUUUCCACCGGUGAUAUAACGACGUUCCAGAGAAACUCCACCCCUUUAGUGGAGUGUGUUUGACCACAAACGAGAACCAGUGGGUACAGCUGAGAUACGCUGAAUGUUACUGGCCAGUACAAACUUUUUUCAUCUCUGUGAGAGACAGCUGCGCCAUGGCUGAGGAUAAGAGAGACCCUGGGAGGUCCAGACCCAUGAAUGAUCCAGAGAUGGAGAAAGACAGGGAAGAUCUGAAUAAGGGCCUGUGGAAAUUCUGUGGGAUCCCUGAAGAGGAGAAGAGUGAGAAGGCUCUGCUACGUUCACGCAUAGAAGAACAGUAUCACCUUAUCUGCAUACUGAAGAGAAGAGCAGACGACGCACAUAAGCGCUGCAAAGGCCUGGAGCAGCUCAAUAUGAAGCUGGAGGAACUGAGGACUGAGGAUGCUGCGAAACUGAAAGCCCAGACCCAACGGAUUCAGUGCCUGGAGGAACGUUUCAUGGACCUGGCUGACAACCAUGAAAAAAUGAUCCGCUUCAAGGAUGAACAUAAGAAACAGAAUAUGCAACUAUGGCAGGAGAAUAACCGCCUGAGGCAGGAGAAUGAAACUCUCUUCAGCCAGACCGUGAGGGAGAAGGAAGCUGAAGUGCUCCAGCUCACUUCCCAGGCAAGAAAGCUCUCUCAGCAGUUAGAUUCCUUGCAGGAGAAAUGUGCUUAUGAGAGUCGCAGAGCCCAGGAGCGAGAAAAGGAGAUGCUAGAAGCUCAGAGCCAACAAGCAAGUGCUUAUGCCUGGGAAGUGGAUUCAUUAAAAAAACAGCUGCAAUGCCUACAGGAGAAGCACCAGCAAAUUGUUGCACAGGUAGAGCAGGAAGAAAGUCAGCAGAGGGCUCAGGGCAGCGAGCUGCAGAAGAAGUUGGAGAGGGCAUACCAGGAGAAAGAGGAACUCCUGAACCUGGCCGUGGAGAGGGGAAAAGCUCUGCAAGAGAAACAACAGGAAAUUCAGCAGCUGGGGAAGAAGCUGGAGACGGUACAAAAAGCCAGGCAGCUAACAGAAGAGCACUUUGUGAAAGAGGCAGCAGCCGUCAGUGGUGAUCUGAGGGUCCAAGAGCUCCAACGGCAGCUAGAAAGCAGCAAGCAGGCAUACAGUGAGCUCUCGCUGCAGUUUGAUGCUUACAAAAAACACAGUCAGGACUUGCUGACUAAAGAAAAAGAGCUGAAUGUCAAACUCCGUCAUUUCAUUGCAUAACUUCAACUUUCUUCUCUGUUCUAGGCCCAGCAGACACCUCUAUUGUAACUCACCACUGCUUUUUAUUCCUCUUCACUGGAAUAAUCUUCUAACAGAUUUGUGUCUAUGUACUUAACAAAGUUAAAUCCUUCCAUAAGGGACUGUUCUAUAACCUCAUUUUUUAUAGAUUUACACAAGUAAGAUUGCUAGACUGUUAAAUUUGAACAGGGCUUGCUGAAAUAAACAGUGUGACAGGAGGGAUUAGUGUGGAAAAGCUACAAAUAUGAGUUUGGUUUGUUUUAGUUGGUCCUAACCUCUGCUGUAUCACAGAUUUUCAGUUUUUACAGUCAAAGAUGCACUAUUUUCCAAGACAAACAAAAUCUCAGAUCCUUCGUCUCUGUGUCUGAUUCUCCUUUGGACUUCAAAAGAGGUUGGGCAGUUGACUGGUAUCUUUGAGGCUCUAAGA